UUGUAUACAACACGUGAGGCAACGAGGACAACACGAACUAAGAAAAUAUAGCUAAAAUUGGUAAACAUGGAGACUUUCCACGAACAAAUGAUGUUCGGGGAUUCUUUAUCAGUUUUUCUACCCAAUGAUGCGAAGGAUGUCAGUGAAAUCCGGGAGAUCCCAGACAAUCAAGAAGUGUUUACCCAUUCACAGAUGGACCAGAGUGUAAUAUUUGAAAUUUUGGAAUACGUAAAAGAGGACUCACAUCAACAGGCAAUGAGAACCCACUUUGAAGAUGUGUGUCUCAGUAAUGAGGUGGGUGAGGACUCGGAGAUUAUUACAAUUGAAGCUGUGCCUGCAGACAGAAUUCAAAUGGAACACGCAAAAUGCGUGUGGUACCUUAAGGGCUGCCAGAGAGUUGCUAAAUUCAACGAGGAUGCUAAAAACACAGUGGAGAUCCACAUGGCUUUGUUCAGGCUGCCUCAGUUUGACUCUGAUAUACUUGUCACAUUUAAUAACCCAUUAGAGAUCAG